AUGAACAAUAAGAGCUUAAAAGGGCUAGAAAACUUAAAAGAUCCGUUAAGUUUGCUUAAUUAUCAAAUGAACACUAUUCCUAAUGAUCUCAACAGCAUACUCAAAAAAACAGAAAACGCUUUAAACGUUAUAGACUACUUAAAAAAUACAAAAGCUGAGAUUUUGAGUAGAGCAAACAACCCUGAAUUAGAGAAAGAUUUCAGAGCAACUUGUUCAGCAUAUCAGAGCAAUUCCAGUAUUUGUGAUCCACCACUAAUGCAAGCUUACCAAGAUUAUCUUAAUGCCUAUAGACAAAAAACAUCCCUUUAUACUCUUAAAAUAGAUUAUGACGACAUAACUAAUUUGAUUAUUUAUGACACUGAAACUGAAACUAAAGAAGCCAAAAUCUUAGAUACUCCAGAAAGCCUAGGCCCUAGUACUUGCAUAACUCAGCUUUCAAAUGGCAAGCUAUUCUGUUUUGGUAAUUGUCCAGCUUCUGGAUUUGCAGCGAUAAUUGAUGUAGAUGGCAGAGUCGAAUUGCUACCAUCUGGAACUCCUUGUCAUGACUCAUCAUACAUCUAUUUCAACAACAGCGUCUAUUGUUUUGGAGGAUUUAAUGAUAAAUAUUUAACUCUAUCUAGUAGAUUUGAUUUGGAUCAAAAUCGAUGAAUUCAACUAGCUCCAAUGCCAGAUGCUGAUAGCUGAUUCAAUAGUAUAAUAUUUAAUGGAAAUAUUUUGAUUUCUGGAAGUUCGAAUAGAAAACUUUUGCUAUACUCAAUUGAUAUUGACUCUUUCUCCUCAUUUCCUUACGAAUUUGCAGAAUUGAAAAGAAAGAUCCUGAUAAAUGCAGAGAAGCUUUAUUUGAUUGAAUGCGGUCGUAAUGGAUCAAUCUAUGAAAGAGAAAGUGAAUAUGAAAUGAAUUGGAGACGAAUAGCAAAUUCAACAAUUAAUUAUAUCCCCGAUCAAGUACAAUACUCAUAUAAUAAAGGGGGAAUAUAUAUUGGCUGCGUAUCGUUUUCUUUUCUUUAUAUCUACAAGUUCGAUUUGAAUAAAAAAUUAAUGAGCGAGCAACUUUAA